AUGGAUUAUAAGGAAUAUAAGUAAUCUUUGCGUUAUAACAGUAAAAACUUGAAAAAAAUUGAAAUAAUCAACAUUGAUAAUCCUAAUGAAAAGAUGAUUCGCAGUUUAACUAAAUAUCCCUUAAGCAGUUUAGAAGAACUUAAAUUAGAAACUGUGGAUGUGGCAGAUACUUAAUUUAAAAUAUUUAAGGAAAAAGGAGGACUUUCGAAAUGUUUUCAAAAUUUAAUAUAAGUAAAACUUAAUUGCCCAUCAAUGACCACACUUUCUAUUGAUUAUUUAUUCCAAGGCAUAUAAAACAUUUAGAAUUUAGAUUUAAGCUAUACUAAAAUUGAUAAUUAAGGUAUUUACAACUUAUGUUAACUAAAAUGGCCCUUUUUGAACACUUUUGCUUUAUAAUGGUGCAACAACAUUGAUAACCUAGAUGAAAUUGGUGAAAAUGCUGAAAAUUUUCCCAGUUUAAGAAAUAUUGAUGCUCGAUUUACUUAAACCGAAAAUGGAGCAUACAAUUCAAUUUUUAAUUCAAAAAUUAGCGUUACACUAAAUCAUUUAAGAUUAUAUGGAACUUUUGUUGAUUUAGAUACUACUUAGUGGAAAUCAUUCUACUUAUUGAAUCUAUUCAUGAAUACAAUGAAAGAUUAUAAAUUUUAAGAAUUUAGAAUCUAAAAUGAUCCUGUCUGUGUUUAAAGUUCAAGCGAUUAUAAAUAAAUGAAAAUUAAUACAUUAAUAACCACAGAAAGUUAAAAAAUGUAUUUGAGUAUUUCUUGGAAAAUCACUCCAAUUUAAGGAUUGUUAUAAUUUUUAGAUACUGCUGAAAAUGUGGAAAGAAAAUUUGCUAAUUAUGGGAAAUUAUUUGAAUUCUUAUAAAAGUAAUGGUAACUUAGAAAAUCUUUGUAAACUCUUUCCAUAUGUUUUGAUUCAAUUUUAUGUGAUACAAACAACUUCGAUAUUGUUUUAAAAACUAUUGUUGACUUUAAGGAACUUAAAAAACUUAAAUUUUAUGUAAGAAAUUAAUCUUUACUAAAUCUUUCAAGUUACUUAUUUUAUUUUAAUUAAAUUGGUGAAUUAUAAUAACUUAUGUAUCUUCAAGUAAAUUUAUAAAAUAAUGAAAUUCUUAUUAAUGAAUCUUUCUUAAAUAGAAUUAUUAGGUCUAUCUAAUAAUUAUCAUAUUUGAAUUUAUUUUACUUGAACAUAAGGUUUAAUGAAAUUUAGAAUAUCAAAGAUUUGCAUAACUUUAACUCUUAAAUUAUUAAUUCUAUCAAGAACCCUUAUUUGAAUCAUAUUUAUUUAAUGGAAACUAAAGAAGAGAAUCUAAACUAUAGAUUCAAGCAAGCGCUUUCUCUAUUUCAUAGCAAUGCUUCAAAAUUUAUAAAUAUUAAUGAAUUUCAAAAUAUUAUCCUUUAAUAAGAUCCACAAAAUUUUAAGGAAAAAAUUUUUAAAUAAUAGACAGAACUAUUCUAUAAGAAAAAGAUGAAAUUAAUAAGAAGUUGUGUGUUAAGUAAUUGUCAUUAAUUAAAUUAUGGAAAUAGAUUUAGACAAUAAGUGAUUUAUUAAAUUUUAGACAUGAUAAUUAAUUCAUGA